GCGCUCCUCGUCUCUCCUUCUCGCACGACCAAUCAAUCACCCAAACGCCUCGGUCUCCAUCCUCGCGCAAAAAUCCAUCAAAUCAACGGGCAGACUGGCCCCCGACUCAUCGAAAAAUUUCAUUCGACGCGAACGAAAAAAAAAAAAAAAGAGUUCUAGUCGUCCAUUGAUUGGUCUCUUUUUCCCCCCUUUUUCUAAAUUCUAUUUCCACGUCUUUAUUCUUGUUUGCCCAACCAAAGCUCUUUUAGCUUGCUCGCGGGGCUCAAUUUCAACCUGCCAAAACUGCCAUACCGUUGUCGCGCAAACGGCUGAACCCGACGCGCGCUCGUCCUCAAAACAUUUUCACGUCCCUUUGCGACAUAGGGCCGAGGAGUAGUCUUUUUUUUGCGCCUGUCGCAUAACAAUUGAUUGGACGUCAAUCUCUGUAACUUGGUACACGUGAGUCAAAAGUCGAUUUCGUCAAGUUUAGUUUAUCCUGCGCGUUUGUUUGUGUUCAUGGUGCGAUGUCUUCGAGAGCAACACCAGACCCAAGUACCUAAUGCAGGGACAAGUUAAUGGGAUCGAGCUCCCGUUUUGUUUUUUUGGUUGUUCCUUCCGUGCUUUUGCCUUUCCUACAUUUGCUUUGCUUGUAUGCACUGCACAAAAAGUUUCACGUUUGAAGUUUGACACAGCCCGCUUCGCAUCCGUCUCUGUCACCCCGCCCUCUUUUUGUUUCCCUCAAUUUGGGUCUUGUUUGCAUACUCGGUCAUGGUUGUUGCACAACGUGUCUAUCAAUCGCAUCACCAGCAUUCACCCUAAUAGAGGUAUGUCAGCGGUUUCGUUGGCUGUCUCGUCUCGAUUAAGUGCGUUUACUCUCCACAUGGACAAGACACAUCAGAGGUCCAUGUCCUGCCGAGCCCAGAAAAAAAACAGACCCCAACCCACCACGGCGUAUCGCUACUCGCUCCAAGCGGAGAGGCCAUGGAGAAUUACUGGCAAAUCAGCACUCGUUCUCAGCAACCCUUUUUUCAGACCUCGUCUCGAUUUGUCCAAAACACACAACGCUCUGGAGGCCUAUCACCAUUGUCAUUUGCCUCUUGAGUCUUGCAAUUGGCUCUGAUCCCGGUCAGGUGAUUCCUCCUGUCUGCGGAGCACAAUUAGUUCAAUGUGGCAUCGGGAGAUGAAGUUGAUGCUAUUCGCAACACCUGUGCUUGUGUAUUCGUCAUUCUACGGCUGCUAAGCAGAUUUGGCCUUGGUAUGGUUGGGACUGGCAGUCUAAGUACCUGCCUGUGUCCCUCCAUCAAUUCCGCCUCCCCUCCCUCCCUGACCAUGUCUACCAGACGCCUGCAUGCAUUCUUCUCUCCACCGACAAAAAGAACCUUUUCUUCGAUAUACGUUUAAAACCGCUGCCCUACCUUUCAUAACUUCCCCAAAUUGCCCAAUUGAGAAGCUCGACUGUCGCCUGCAUGGCCAGCGGAUCAGCAAGUUUUCAAUGGUUGCAUGCGCAACUCGAUUAUAUACCUUACCCCUUCCAGUGCCGUACCGCGUACAGAUGUCUUUGGUAGUUUUCACAAUUCGCAUAUUGUCUCAGCAGAUUUAUUUACUGAGACAUAGAAGUCGCCCUUGAUCGCCUUUCGAUCUCAUCCCGAUACCGACUGUCUCAUAAUCAAAUCAACAAUCUUAAAAAGCCCAGAGCUCAAAGAUUAAACGGUUGGCCGACUGAUUUUCUGGGGAACAAGUAAAAAAAACCCACUACGCCGUUUGGCCAAAGAGCAAGUCAGCUCUGUUCCGCUGCGCAUCUGAAAAACUGGGCUGCCUUGCAAGCCUCACCUUGCUCCUCGCGUCACAGUCAUCAUCCUUACUCACGUGGCCUCGCGCUGGUAUGUCGCCUAUCUAUCUGCCUGUCUGCCCCCUUUGAAGCCCAAGAGCUUAGCCACACCUGCAAUCAGGUUGCCCCACGGCCCAACUACAUCAGCUCACAUAUGUCGCGUUGCAGCCAAUUGACCCUCACCUCCCUCCUAGACACCUUGCCAGCGCAUCCACGCAUAACCAAUAGAUUGGGUGUGCACAUCCAACCAAGUCCACGGAUACCCAAGUGACGCCAGCCCUGAUCUACGCGUGCCCAACCCGGCACCGACGUUUUGGUGUGACUUUGCAACUGAGCUUUACACAUGUGCUCUUUUGAUCUAGAGUCGCCAAUCGCCGUAUGAUUCUUGCGCUUGCAUCCAGACUUUUACACUCCACCUGCGCUUGACCAAACCAGCCAUUCCUCGCUUUCAAGCGAAGAACAACAAGAGCACGAGCUUGACCGACUAAACGACAUCGACUUAGGCGCGUCUUUUGCCAUCAAUCAUCCAGAAUGAUGGAGUACGCGCAGUACCAGCAGCCGCCGCAAAAUGCGCACUCGAAUUUCCAGAGCUCAACGGCGUCCAAUAACAUCACGUCGCCAACGUCUCAACAUGUCCAGACCUCGCCCAUAAUCCCGCAACAGAAUCAGCAAGCCGCAAACGCCAACCAAACCCACAUGUAUCAACCACCGUACGGAGUGCCCCAGCAAAGCUUGCACUAUGGGAUGCCGGGGAUCCAGGCCGCCGCACUGGCGGCCACAGCUGCCGCUUCAGGUUCAAAUUACCCCUACAGCUUACCGUCGGACCCAAGCCUGCAGCAAACCUCACCGCGUAUGGGCUCAAAGAAGGAAGCUAGAGGCAACCCUCGCUCUCCUCAACAGAUGGACGCACAACGUCGCAUGAGCCAGGUCACGAGUCCAGGACUACCUAAUGCCCAGGCCAUGAUGAACCACACCGGUGCCCGCCCCGGUGUUGCGGCGCCGACCAUGCCGGCACAACAGAUGGGCCCGCCUCAAUCACCCGAGAUUGCUGCCGGUGCAGUUGAAGAGUCCCCACUAUAUGUGAAUGCCAAGCAGUUCCAUCGCAUCCUCAAGCGCCGUGUAGCAAGACAAAAGCUUGAAGAACAACUUCGCUUGACCUCAAAGGGACGGAAACCUUAUUUGCACGAGUCUCGACACAAUCACGCCAUGCGGAGGCCUCGCGGUCCUGGUGGACGUUUCCUCACUGCCGACGAGGUCCUUGAGAUCGAGAAACAGAAGGGACUGGGUGGCGCUGAAUCAGAGAUCAAGCAUGAUGUCGAGUCGUCGCCGCCAGCAAAGGCCAAUAACAAGCGCAAGUCCAUGUCGGUCCCGGAUACGGCCAACAAGAAGGCCAAAGUGGAUACAGAAAGUCCCGAUGUUGAAGAGGAGGAGGAUGCCGAGGACGAUGGAUGAUGAAUGAACAUACCUCAAAACUCCUUACCCUUCCGCCGUAUAUGCAUAACUCCCAGUUUUAUACCCAGAGCCUUCUCUUUUUGUUGUUAAUGACACGAUUUAUGAUUCGAAAGUGUUCAGAUAUGCCAGGCUGCAUUUUUUCUUCUUUUUUUCUUGCGACAGUUUCUGGCCCUCCUGGCUGUGGUGAUUUGGCGAGGAGUCCGGGGGCUUGCGGUUUGAUUUCCUUGUCAUCCUAGCGAUACAAUGUGCAGAGAUUGGGCAACCUAUUGAGCCUUUCAAGUACUUUUCAGUUUUCUUUUGAGAACAUAAGAAUUUGACAUUUCAUCACUUCUUUCUUUUCCUUUUCAUAGUAUGUCGACGAUUCUCGGACUCCGGUGUUUUCUUAUUUGUUGUUACGACCAAUCCUCGGUGGGAUGAACACUCGCUCUAUCUCUACACCAUUCUUUGACGAAGGCGCAAGUCAUCAUGGUUGAUGGCUGGAAUCAAGGUGCACUGAGGAGAACUACGACUCCCUUCUUUCCCACCAAUAUCGUCAAGAUGAUGUCUCUGUUCGCUUUUUCAUGUUUUGAAACCUGCCGGUCUUCUCUGAAUAAUUCGCCGCUUCUCUUUCGUCAUUCUCAUUUGCAACACAGGCAAUGCUUAUCCUUCAUCCCCUACACCCAUUCUGUUAAUUUGUUUUCUUCAUACGGUCACGAGCAAUGAGAGCACGCGGAUGAGUAUAGUACAGGACAUUUGCAGUUUUGAUUUUGGUAUGCCUAAGAAGUACAGGCUAGAUUUGGUUUUGUUUGGAAGGUAUUUGACUAUGGGACUCUUGGGAGGAGAAGCAAUGGAGGUGAAAUUGGCCAGAGCUUGAUGAUCAGUUGGGGGCUUGGGGAGAUGGAAGAGACACCCGCCGCAUACGAUCGUGGGUCUGAAAUCGGGGUUGAAAAAGCUUGUUACGCCUCGGGCUCCGUGAGCCCGGGCUCUUUCUUUGCCUCUUUUUUGAAUUUAUUGGCUUUGGGCACAGCCUGCCUCUUCGUAUCUUUUGGAGGAAGGGCUAGAUAUUACAGAGCUCUGUCGGCUGCUAGAUCUGUCACCGGAUUCUUUUCAAUUAUCAUGUCGUACCUUGAAAUGCGUAAAAAAAAAUCCGGAAACAGUAAAUUCGUGGGUUAUGCAAAGUGUUUGCGAAAUCUAUACUCUAUAGGUAACACUUGAUAAAUUAAUCGUGUUGACUGAAGUCGGG